AUCGAUCUCGUAUCAGUUCUUCGCGUAGAAUUCGAGCGAUCGGACGCAUUGCAGUGCGUACUCCGAGGUGGUACAACCAAAAACUGCACAGAAACCUGAAAUAAUUCACAUCUUCCGAUAAGAAGUCGCCCAUCCUUGGGGUUCAACAGCAAGCCGAAAUGGAGGCUGGACCACUUACUCGAGUGUUGAUCUGUUCUUUAGUGAUUCUGAGCUCGUGCCAUGGUGCGGUGAAAGCACAAAGUGCUCCAUGUUCCACACCAACCAAUCAAGCGGGCACGUGUGUGGCAAUUGAGCGGUGCCGGAAUAUUUACAACAUUGUGAACAACCCAACGCCACCUCCGGUCGGUAUUGCCAAUUACAUCAAAAGGGCUGCCUGUACUCUACCGAGCGUGCCGCGCAGUGUUUGCUGUCAACCGGCAGAGGUUGUUCCCGAACCGACGACACUUUCACCUCCCGUCACAGCAUCCUCGUGGACGCAUCCCAAACUGAAUCUUCUGCCCAGGGACUGCGGCCAAACGGUCUCCGACAGGCUAGCCUACGGCAAUGUAACCAAGGUAUUCGAAUUCCCCUGGAUGGCCGUGCUGCGGUACGACUAUAAUGGCGCCAUCACCGACGGAUGCGGCGGAGCGAUAAUCAACAAGCGGUACAUCCUGACCGCAGCGCAUUGUGUUAAAACCAGAAGCACUAUGCCUUUACAUAGCGUUGUACUGGGGGAGCACACCAAGAAUCAAGAAAUGGAUUGCAACAUCUACAACGAUAAGUUUGGCAAAGAAAUAGAACGAGACUGCGCUGAUCCGAUUGAGGUGUUCGGAAUUGACAAGUUCAUAGUGCACCCGGACUACAAUCGUCCCAAAUACAGCAACGAUAUUGCAUUGAUCCGGCUUAAUAGAGAUGUCGUUAUGAAAGAUCACAUUCGCCCCAUCUGUUUGCCAGUGACAUCCGCCCUUCAGAGGCAAACGUUCGACAAGUACAUCGUUACCGGAUGGGGAACUACGGAAGAAAAAGUGGGGUCAAAUAUUUUGCUGCAGGCCAAUAUACCGCAUGUGAGCAUUGCCGACUGUCAGCGAAAAAUGAACGAAAACCGUCUGAACAUCCAGCUGAGCGAAAAGCAGCUUUGCGCAGGUGGAGUGAACAAGGUGGACACGUGCAAGGGUGAUUCUGGUGGACCGCUAGGGUUCAGCGCCACCCACAAUGGUGCCCGGUUCAUGCAGUUUGGCAUCGUUUCGCUCGGAGUUGAUUCCUGUGGGGAGAAGAGCGUACCGGGAAUCUACUGUCGAGUGUCCGCCUAUAUGGAUUGGAUCCUGAACAACAUGGAAGCAUAGCCGCGUAGAGACAAUGAAUGUGAAGCACCGUGUGCAUGUGUUCCCAUAAGACUUGCGUUAGUGUGAUAGGAGUUGCAAUUUUGGAUGAAACCAAAUAUAUUUUAUGAAACUUGAAAAA